AUGCCCAUGAAGGUUUUUAUGCGAUAUAAAAGUGACUCUCAAGAAAGUAAUGUUCAAAUGCCGAGCGAAGAUAACUUCGUAUUUGAUUGUGACCAUGAUACGCAGAGCUUCACAGAACACCAAGGUACAGUGUCUCCUUUACAGAAGAAAUCUCUAAAUGAGCAGGAGGAGUCAGACGAAUGGUUUGAGCUUUUAUUUUACGAUUCUCCCUCAAAUUUCGAUGCUGAGCAUAGUGUUAUCGAUGACCCAUUCCCACAGGAGCAGCCAAAUGAAUCCAGAGUAUCCUCCGUAUAUGAAAAGGAAAGUGAAGCAAAAGACACAGCAAUCACUACCUCGGGGGUGGAAAAGGACAAUGAAGCGGAUGGAGGCGACAAUUUCUUCUUGUAUAUGCAUGACUCAGACAAUGAAGCUGUUGUGGAGGGUACUGCCACGAGCCAGGAGACGGGAGAAGUGUCUCUCGCUCAUCUCGGGUUCUCUGAAGAAGCGGGAGAAUCUAAUAUUUUGGGAGAUUCAUUCUGUGUGCAAAGGGAUGCUGAUGCAGGCUCUGUUAACUCUACUGUUAUCAAACAGCAAGAGGCCUUCCCACUAUCCCAUGAGCCGGCACGGAAAUACUCUUCCUCUAUUCAUCUGCUUCAUCUUGAUGAUGAUUACGAGGCUUCAGGACCUUGUGAGGGUCUGUUUCAUGACCUCGAAGAAUCCGCACAGCAGGACUGGAGUGCGCAUUGCAAAUACAAUGAGCAUUUUAGUGAACACGUGCCUGAUACCCAGGAUGGGGAUGAGGCGCAUGAGGAGGGUGAUCUACAUGAAUUGAGUCGCUCUUGGCAACGCAAGAGCGUCCAGGUGAGCUUUAACGAGGUGGAGGUGCCGCUGAAAAUUCCUGACAAGGCGGGACACAUUGUUGAAGAGGCUACUACGGUGGGUAUGACGAAGGAGACGCAGAUGAUGACUCAGGAUAAUACGGGUAAACCAGCAUCUGCUUCUGCGACACCCAACAGCAACGCCAUCAUACCGACAUUGGCUCGCAUGAUGGAUGGCCAGGGUUACCUUUCACAGCAGGAUAAACUGUACCUCGCGCCGCAGCCACUGGCGGAGCUGCGGCUGGAUGAAGAGUGUAGCCGAACGCGGUCGAAGAUGUGUGUUCUAGUAGUCUUCGCGGCGAAUGAUCUGCGUGUGCAUGACAACUAUAACCUCGCAUUGGCUUCCAUGCGUGCAUACGCUGCAGGAGGGCUUCCUGUAGUGGCGCUGUGUGUACUAGACUAUCGCACCUUUGCGCAACCGAGUCUGGUGGGUGGUUUUUUCCGUCAGAGUCCACAGCGGGCUCAGUUUCUGCUUGACACCGUCGCCGCUUUGCGUCGUAAGCUCGAGGACAGCGACCUGCGCGUGCCCCUCCUGAUUCGCUGCGGCCGACCAGAGGAGCAUGUCCCGAGGCUAGUGGUGGAGCUUGGAGCAGUGGAUGUGUUUUUAACAACGCAAUACGCCCCACAUGAGCGCCGUGUCCACGACUAUAUCUUGCAGCGCAUUAAGAAACGGUGUUGGGUAAGUCGAAGGGUUCUCCAAAACGGUGACUUCGGCUUUGGGAGCCUGACAGAAAUGCCUGAUCGAGACGAAAGCACAGGGGAAGAACUGGUGGAGGUAGUGGAGCAUACUGACAGACAUCCCUACAUGAGCACACGAUCUGAAACUGAGCUUCGCUCGUUAGAUGAGCGGGUGACGGUGCACAGCGUGUGGCAGUCAACGCUCGUCCACCUGGACGACCUUCAGACACCAGUGGCCGCCAUGAAGGAAGGGGAGCGCUGGUACCAUGACGACGUCACAACGGCUGUUAUCCGACCAACAAAGCCCUACAACUGGCAUAUUUCUCGGUUAAAGGAUCUGCCAGUCAUUGCAAAACUGUUGCCCAGUGAACGGGAGCGUCUGGGGUUGGAUCAGCCUUCUCUAUUGCGGGGUCGCCUUCCGACGCUAGAGGAGCUGGGCUAUGGUGAUACACCACGUCUCUUUCGCUUUGAGGAGGUUAUCGCGACGCAGUCAUCGCAUCCCACCGCUGGUGAGGAUGCCGCAAUAGAACGGGUGGAGGACUGGCUUGAUCAAGGUGGCAUGACGUCCAUGAUGCGCUUCGCCCGCAUGAGGCGCACUAACACGAAGAUGUACUCCCAAAAGCUCUCGCGUGUGUCGCCGUACAUCGCUACGGGUGCUCUUUCGCCACGAAAAUUUUAUGAGAUGUUGCGCACUCACACACACGCUAAUCUUCGAGAUGGAUUUGUGCAGAUGCAGUACCGCGAGGCAUUGCUUCGGCUGUCACGGCGGGAUUACUGGCACUGGAUGGGGCUACGCUACGGGGAUCGGCUCUUUUUUCCGUAUGGCCCGCAUCCUGAAGAGACGGAUGGCAUUGCCGACUGGAGGCACGACGGCGCUAUAGUACAAAAGUGGUGCAUGGGCCUCACGGGGAUUCCGUUCACGGACGCGGCAAUGCGAGAGCUGCUGGGAACCGGUUUUGUGGCGCACGAGGGGCGCCAAGCUCUUGUAUGGCUUCUCACACGUGGCUACGGGCAGGACUGGCGGCUCGCAGCCGAAUGGCUUGAACGUUGCUCUCUGGAUUUUGACCCAUUUGUUUGCUACGGUAACUGCGCGUACUUCAGUGAGCUCAUGCACGAUGACUUCGGGGAGCCCGUGCGAAACGUGCACUUUUUAGCGCAUCAUCAUGAUCAAACUGGAAUCUACAUUAAGAAGUGGCUGCCUCAGCUUUCGAAAAUACCUCCUGUCUAUAUACAUCGCCCACACAUUCUUACACCUCGCAUGCAGGCCAUGCAUGGUGUGUAUAUAGGCAAGAACUAUCCUUAUCCACUCAAGCUAUGGCAGGGAGCACAUCGAGCGCUGACAAGUGCAGAUCUGAAGGCUUACUUUCCAGACUUGCAUAAUUUGAGAGGUCCUGGGUACGCUGAGGCAGCUCGGCACGGUAUGGCCCUUAUGCAGCCGGAGGAAUGGAACCAUGCUUUCAAUGCUGCUUCCAUAAGAGGACAACCAUGGAUGCGCGGUAGCCUUUUCGCCUCAGCAUUUGAGGAUGUGGUGGAGGAGGAAAACGUUGCUGUGGUCACCCACGAUGCUAAAUCUACUGCUAGUGCCAUGGAUAAAACUCUCUUUGCAUCUGAAAGUUUCUGUAAUCGCAUGUCACAGAUAGGAGCUAUUUGCAAUUGA